AUGGGAACCCUAAACAUGUUGGGACUUGCAAAGAGAAUUGGCGCCAGGUUUUUGCUUACAAGCACAAGUGAGGUUUAUGGAGACCCUCUUGAGCAUCCUCAAAAGGAAACAUAUUGGGGUCAUGUGAAUCCAAUAGGUGUUAGAAGUUGUUAUGAUGAAGGGAAAAGAACAGCCGAAACAUUGACCAUGGAUUAUCACCGAGGUGAUGGUGUUGAGGUCAGGAUUGCACGUAUCUUCAACACAUACGGGCCUCGGAUGUGUCUAGAUGAUGGUCGUGUUGUUAGCAACUUUGUUUCACAGGCCAUUCGCAAACAACCAAUGACAGUUUAUGGAGAUGGAAAGCAAACACGAAGCUUUCAGUAUGUCUCUGACUUGGUUGAUGGAUUAAUGGCACUAAUGGAAGGCGAGCAUAUCGGACCUUUUAACUUGGGAAAUCCCGGGGAGUUUACCAUGUUAGAGCUUGCACAGGUGGUGAAAGAAACUAUUGACUCGAGUGCAACGAUAGAAUUCAGAGAAAACACAGCUGAUGAUCCUCAAAAAAGGAAACCAGAUAUUAGUAAAGCUAAAGAACUACUAAAUUGGGAGCCCAAGGUGCCACUACACGAAGGUCUGCCAAAAAUGGCGUCUGAUUUCAGAAAUCGCAUCUUGAAUGAAGAUGAAGGAAAAGGCUAACAAAUAAUAGAAUAAUAGAUACACAUCCUAUAUAUCUAUAUAUAUUAGUGCUCGGUUUUUAUGUAUCUUUUUUGACACGAGUUUUGUUUUGUUAGUGUAAUCUGUGUAACGGAUUGAUUUAGCUAAAUGGAUUUUGGCGUAUUAUCGAGAAAUU